AUCGAUUAUGUUGGCUAUCGUGUAUCCAGAGAAGGCAUUUCCCCUGAUCCCUCAAAGGCGAAGGAGAUCUCUGCUAUCAGUACUCCGACCAAUUUCACCAAACCCUUCAUCGUACAAGCUGAUGGGAGCAGUCACGGUCUCGGAGCUGCUCUCUGUCAAGUGGAUGAUAACGGUGUGGAGCGUCCCAUAAAGUUCGCCAGUCGAGCUCUGUCAUCAGCCGAAAUCGAUAUCCUUCCUCCGGUCCUGCCAAGAGUAAUGGCCGUGAUGGCAAUGAUCGGUCGUAUUGUGCAGUGUGUCAUAGAGGAGGCAAAAGGCGGCGGGUUCCAGAUCAUUCAAAAUCUACCGCAAGGUGGAGAUGAUAGCCUCUAUAAAUUAGACCCCAUCGAUGGUGCUUUACUAAUGGUUGCUCCAUAUCCUGAUGCCUGGGAUAUACCGGAAGAUGUGGAGAAGUUG